CCUACAUCGACGAUGGCUCCUUCAGCGCAUCUGAAAUCCUAUGGACAAAGGGCUCUUAAACAGACAAACCCCGCAGCUAUUCUUUUGCUAGAGACAAUGGAGCGGAAAAAAACUAAUCUCGCCGUCAGUGUCGACGUCACCACAUCUGCCGAUUUCUUGACAAUCGUCGACGCCGUCGGCCCAUUUGUCUGUCUUAUCAAGACACAUAUCGAUAUCCUUGAAGACUUCGAAUAUUCCCUUAUUGAAAGACUAGAAAAUCUAAGCCUCAAGCAUGAUUUCCUCAUUUUUGAGGAUAGAAAAUUCGCGGAUAUAGGAAAUACCGUCGCACACCAGUACUCAAGCGGUGUCUACAAGAUCGCUAGAUGGUCCCAUCUCACCAAUGCACAUCCAGUCCCCGGUCCCUCAAUCAUCAAGGGACUCGCGUCAGUUGGUCUGCCCGUUGGUCGAGGCUUACUUUUGCUAGCCGAAAUGAGUACCAAAGGGUCCCUUGCAACUGGGACAUACACAGAAGAUGCGGUACGGAUGGCCCGUUUAAAUCGAGAUUUUGUUGUCGGCUUCAUCGCCCAACAUCGGAUGGACGGGAUCGGUGCAGCCCCAGACGAGGAUGUCACUGACGAGGAUUUCCUUGUCUUGACGCCCGGGGUGGGGCUUGACUCAAAAGGCGACGCAAUGGGCCAGCAAUACAGGACACCAGAGGAAGUCAUUUUGGAUUCUGGUUGUGAUGUGAUCAUUGUUGGCCGUGGCGUGUAUGGCACCGAUCUCAAGGCCACAGCUGCUAUUGUCGCUCGUGCUGAAAGAUAUAUGGCCGAAGGCUGGGCGGCGUACUUAAGACGUUUAGUAUGAGUGAAUGAAGAUAAUUCCGAAAACACG